CUUUCGGCCGCCUAUGUAUAGGGGCUUCUUCUGCCGUGUGUUUACUGCAUCACCCUCAGUUCCACUAGAGCUUUGUCUGUCCCUCCCUGCUGCUGCUCUUCUCCUCGCAUCUGCCUCUUCGUCUUCAGGUUGAGAUUAGCUGCGAGAUGGAGGCGCAAGACGACUGCUGCAACAAGUGGAGACAGAUCCCGGCGUUCGGCGACUGGAACCUGUGGGACGACGACCUGCCUGUCGCCCAGUACUUCGAGCCUGGCACCUUCUUCUUCACGGCGCAAGCUGGGGAGGACGACGUCGACCUCUUCAAGGUGCCCCACUUCGCCGCCACGCCAUACAGCUACAGCAAGUGCGUCAUUCGAGUUAAGGGGGAGGAGAAGGCCGACUUGGCUGCUGCGCCAGCGAGGAAGAAGAAGGGAGGAGGCAGAAAGAAGCAACAGCAGCAGCAGCGCGCGAACGAGCAGCAGCAGAGGCGGAAGCCGAAGGUGGCGGCGGCGGUGGACGAGGACCUGUACAAGAUCUCCCCCAACGUGAUCUGCAAGGUGCAGAAGAAGAAGCUGCUGAGGAAUCUGCUGGGAGGGUGCCUGGGCCUGAACUGCAUCGCCUGAAAGCUGAAACAAUACUCCACCGUCAGAGACUUCCCAUCGAGAGAGCUAUGGUGUUAUUACUUGAAAAUUACCGAUCGUCCUGUGUUGCGCUGUGUUGUGUUGUGUAUGUACAUCGUCGUCUAUAAUGAAAUCCGUUUGCUGCUCGA